GGUCGCACGGUACAAAAUCCAGCUCUGUGUGUGUUACGUGUGUUGAAUAAUAUAGUGCAUGUCAUAUUAUGCGGGUGUGUUUGUCGUUGUUGGUUUUUACUUACUCUCAAAAUAUAGUCUAAAAGGAGGCUUGGAUUGUAUAUUUCUGUGCACUUAUAUCGACAAGAAAGGGAGCACAUUUUGAAGGGAAAAUGUCACGAUCUGGUGCAGAAAUAGACAGUUGUGAUCAGACACAACUUCAGAGAGUACAAAACGAACCCAAUCAGGACCUGUCAUGUUGCACCUAUGUGCUGUGGUUCUUCUCAAUAGUAAUCAUCGGUCUGACGUUCCCGUUUACCAUCUGGUUUUGUUUUAAGACGGUAGCGGAAUAUGAGCGAGCUAUUAUCUUUAGAGUGGGCCGCCUCCUUCCCGGGGGUCCCAAGGGACCUGGUUUGUUCUUCAUCAUUCCGUGUAUUGACGACAUCAAUGUGGUUGAUCUGAGGACGCUUUCCUUUGAUGUUCCACCUCAGGAGAUUCUCUCCAAAGACAGUGUGACCGUCACUGUGGAUGCAGUGGUCUACUUCCGUGUGUCUGAUCCCACCAUGGCUAUUAUCAACGUAGAGAACUACAAGCGAUCCACGGAGCUUCUGGCUGCUACCACGCUGCGUAACGUACUUGGAACCAAGACCCUGGCCGAGGUACUGAGCCACCGUGAGGAAAUCAGCAACACCCUGCAAAGUCUUCUGGAUGAUGCAACCGACCCAUGGGGAGUCAAGGUGGAACGAGUCGAAAUUAAGGAUGUGCGUUUGCCGAAGCAGAUGCAGCGAGCAAUGGCCGCUGAGGCUGAAGCCUCCAGGGAGGCCCGAGCUAAGGUGAUCGCCGCUGAGGGAGAGCAGAAUGCCUCCCGGGCCCUCAAGGAGGCAGCUGACAUCAUCGCUGAGUCUCCCAACGCCCUCCAGCUCCGCUACCUUCAAACUCUUAACUCCAUCUCGGCUGAGAAGAACUCCACCAUCAUCUUCCCUCUGCCCAUCGACAUAAUGGCCGGCUUCAUGAAGAAAUAAAAAAUGUAAUGCAUCGUUUUUUGAACAAAAGCUGGGAUAUAUACAGCAUAGAUUUAUACUGGCGUAAACUGUUUUCGUACAAAACAUUUUUGCAUGCCAAUCGAUGCCUUUUACGGUUAACUUAUAAUUCUUAGUUGAAUAAUUUUAACAACAAUUAUUACUACUAAGAUUGUACUGGCAAAUUUUAAUCAGUCAAAGCAAUGCACUCAACUUGACCCAAUAUUACUUUCAGAAAAUAACACACAACUCUGAAUUGCAUUCCUUUAUGUAAAUAUAUUGGUAGGGUAAUUGUUUAAUUCACUAUAUAAAAAACUAGUAAUUAUUAUUCUGUUUACUCAAGGAAAAUCAUGUUCUUGAACACUGCAUAAAACACUGUGGACGUGUGUACGUCCUUACAUUAUGUGGAGUUCUUUCUGUCUCAGGUCCACACCUUGUAUGUUGCGUUAAAGCCAAUGGACCCAUUCGGUAAACAGUGUUGUCCAAGGCCCACACUUUGUGUACCACAACUUCUAUAUCAAAAAACAAACCUGUGAAAAU